AUGGUGAAGAUUUGCUGCAUUGGAGCUGGGUAUGUUGGUGGACCAACCAUGGCUGUGAUUGCUCUGAAGUGUCCUGAGAUUGAGGUGGUGGUGGUGGAUAUCGCCGCUCCCCGAAUCAAUGCAUGGAACAGCGACCACCUCCCCAUAUAUGAGCCUGGCCUUGAUGAUGUGGUGAAGCAGUGCAGGGGGAAGAACCUCUUCUUCAGCAUUGAUGUGGAGAAGCAUGUUGCUGAGGCUGACAUUGUCUUUGUUUCGGUGAACACGCCGACCAAAACUCAGGGGCUUGGAGCUGGUAAGGCGGCUGAUCUCACAUAUUGGGAGAGUGCUGCGAGAAUGAUUGCUGAUGUUUCGAAAACAGACAAGAUUGUGGUCGAAAAGUCAACUGUGCCUGUGAAAACGGCUGAGGCAAUUGAAAGGAUUUUGACUCACAACAGGAAAGGCAUCAAUUUCACAAUUCUGUCAAACCCUGAGUUUCUUGCUGAGGGUACAGCAAUUGCAGACUUGUUUAAGCCGGAUCGAGUCCUUAUCGGAGGCAGGGAAACCCCGGAAGGUCAAAAGGCUAUUCAAGCUCUGAAGAAUGUAUACGCCCAUUGGGUUCCUGUGGAUAGAAUCCUUUGCACCAAUUUGUGGUCUGCUGAACUCUCAAAGCUAGCAGCUAAUGCUUUUCUGGCCCAGAGGAUCUCCUCUGUGAAUGCCAUGUCUGCACUUUGUGAGGCAACUGGUGCUGAUGUCUCCCAGGUGUCUCACUCAAUUGGCACAGACUCAAGAAUUGGACCAAAGUUCCUGAAUGCCAGCGUUGGUUUUGGUGGAUCAUGCUUUCAGAAGGACAUAUUGAACCUCGUGUAUAUCUGUGAGUGCAAUGGCCUCCCCGAGGUGGCCAACUACUGGAAACAGGUCAUUAAGGUGAAUGACUACCAGAAAAACCGGUUUGUGAACCGUGUGGUGUCUUCCAUGUUCAACACGGUUUCAGGGAAGAAGAUUGCUAUUCUGGGAUUUGCUUUCAAGAAGGACACUGGUGACACUAGGGAGACCCCAGCCAUUGAUGUGUGCAAGGGCCUAUUGGGAGACAAGGCAAAGUUGAGCAUAUAUGAUCCUCAGGUUUCUGAGGACCAAAUCACGAGGGAUUUGGCCAUGAAAAAGUUUGAUUGGGACCACCCUGCUCAUCUUCAACCACUCAGCCCAACUUCCAACAAACAAGUAUCUGUCGUCUGGGAUGCCUAUGAGGCAAUCAAGGAUGCACAUGGUAUCUGCAUCAUGACCGAGUGGGAUGAGUUCAAGAACCUUGACUACAAAAAGGUUCACGACAGCAUGCAGAAGCCUGCAUUCGUUUUUGAUGGCCGCAAUGUUGUGGAUGUCAACAAGCUGAGGGAAAUUGGUUUCAUUGUUUACUCCAUUGGCAAACCUCUAGAUCCAUGGCUCAAGGACAUGCCCGCAGUGGCUUAG